AUGGUGCCCACGAGCUUCAAGAUGAACUCAGAUUCACCUGAAUUAGCACACAAAUCUUCAACGAGUUCAAGAUUUGAAGCUGUUCACCGUCGCGCACAGGAUUCACUGGUGUUGGAAUCGCGAGCUGGACGAAGAACCACGAAGAAUGGAGUGCUAUCGGAAAUAGAUCAGAAGCACCGGAGGAACGCCGCUGAUGGUUCUGGAGUGGAAUGGAAACUCAAAUCGGAGGAACGCCGCCGAACUGAGGAGAAAGUCGCAAUCCACAGCUACAGAGAAGAUGAAAUAAUAAAUGACUAUGGUCCUCCAAGGGCAAAUAGACCACCAGCAUCAAAAUUUAAGAAUCAAAAUUUUUUAUCACAAGAAAUGAUAAAUGACUAUGGUCCCCCAAGGGCAAAUAGACCUCCGGCAUCAGAAUCCGAGAAUGAAAAAUUUUCAUCACAAGAAAUGAUAAAUGACUAUGGCCCCCCAAGGGCAAAUAGACCUCCAGCAUCAGAAUCCGAGAAUGAAAAUUUUUCAUCACAAGAAAUGAUAAAUGACUAUGGUCCCCCAAGGGCAAAUAGACCUCCAGCAUCAGAAUCAGAAUCAGUAAAUGAAAAGUUUUCAUCACAAGAAAUAAUAAAUGACUAUGGUCCCCCAAGGGCAAAUAGACCUCCAGCAUCAGAAUCCGAAACUGAAAAAUUUGCAUCACAAGAAAUGAUAAACGACUAUGGCCCCCCAAGGGCAAAUAGACCUCCAGCAUCAGAAUCCGAGAAUGAAAAUUUUUCAUCACAAGAAAUGAUAAAUGACUAUGGUCCCCCAAGGGCAAAUAGACCUCCAACAUCAGAAUCCGAGAAUGGAAAAUUUUCAUCACAAGAAAUGAUAAAUGACUAUGGCCCCCCAAGGGCAAAUAGACCUCCAGUAUCAGGAUCCGAGAAUGAAAAUUUUUCAUCACAAGAAAUGAUAAAUGACUAUGGUCCCCCAAGGGCAAAUAGACCUCCAACAUCAGAAUCAGAAUCAGUAAAUGAAAAAUUUUCAUCACAAGAAAUAAUAAAUGACUAUGGUCCCCCAAGGGCAAAUAGACCUCCAACAUCAGAAUCCGAAACUGAAAAAUUUGCAUCACAAGAAAUGAUAAACGACUAUGGCCCCCCAAGGGCAAAUAGACCUCCAGCAUCAAAAUUUGAGAAUGAAAAAUCUACAUCACAAGACAUGACAAAUGACUAUGGUCCCCCAAGGGCAAAUAGACCUCCAGCUUCAAAAUUGUAG